AUGCCGUCGAGGCUGAGCACACCGGUCUUGACUGUCGACCCAGCAAAGAUUCACCAGGUCGAUACCCGUAACCCAGAGUCUCUCCAUGGAAUGUGGAUGGUCUUUUCACGCUGUGCGGAUUUCAUGGAAGAGGGCAGACGUCUUGAAAACUUGAGCUGGCGGCUCUGGAACCGCGAGACCUUCUGUGUCGCGCCUCAGACCAAGUCACGCAGCAAGCCCCUCGAGCAGAGCCAGAAGAGAACAAACUCCGGAUCCCGCCUCGAGCGUCUAAGACGAGAAUCAAAGUCCAUCCCCGACUUGUCCACCAGCGUUGAGUCCGCCCUGUCUGAUGAGGGACUGGAGCAGUCACGAUCACGAUCCGCGGCACAGACGAACUCCGGCUCGAGUCCACGGUGUCCCUGCACUCCGCGGACGAUAGAGCUGGACCCCAAACCAACCAUUGUCGGUGAGGAGUCAGUGCUCAGCAUAUCACGAGGAAGGGAGAGGCAUAUCACCUCUCUAGGACUAGAGAAAAUGGUCUAUAGUAUCAAGGAAAAGAGACAUUUGGAGCCCAUAUGUGUGCCUAAGAGCAAGUCACAGUUACAGAUCGAGAACCGCGAGCUGGACGUCACUCCACGAGCUUCUUCUCCUACUCCAGCCUCGACACAGGAGCAACAGCAGCAGCCACAAACACAGACACAGCUUCAGCACUCUGCCCCAGCAAACAACCAAUCCCUCGACUCCUGCUCUACAGUACUGGAGGGAGCUCGAGAAAGCGAUGUUCCUACCUCUGCAUCAGACACCAGCGUCUCGUCGGCCGAACUUCCUCGACAGUCGUCCUCCGUUGUGCGCGGCUUCUCGCCCUCCAAGAUUUCCUCCUCGUUCCGCUCCCACAACCAACUCUCCCCUACACCAAGCACGAGCAAGAACUCAGUCCCUAAACACUCCCCCCUCAGGCACCAGAAACCCAGCGUCUUCACUCUCGGCUGCUCCUCUGGUGACGAGGAGUCUUCCUUUGAGGACAGAAUUGCCAUCAAGACCCACCGAAGCUCCCUUAGCGAUGGCCUAAACCAGCCAUCAGCACAGCACAGCAAGCCUUCAUUCAUCAGAGACUCUGCCGUUACCAGCCAUCCCAUCAGGCCAAUUCGUGAAACCAGCGCGUCAGACGAGGACGCCAUCGCCUCCAGUGAUGAAGAAGACGAGUCUGAGAUUUCCGAAAGCGCUAUCGAGGACGAAGACGAAGGAGACUCGUCGGACGGCGACUGGGAAGACUCGAUUACCGAAUCCGGCAGGUCGAGCGUUGACGACAAACAGCUCUUUCAACGCGUCGACUCGCGACCGAAUCUCGUUUCGCGCCGUUCGCUGCUGACAAUGAUGAUGCACCAGCCACAGCAGAACUUCCCUCCCACCUUUCGGGGCCCCGGACCCAACUCGCGCUCCACACCAGCAAUUCAGCAGCGCCCUCUUGCUCCUCCAGUGGACGACGAGGAGGAGAACAGCGGGUCCGAGUCUGGUUCCGUUGGCUCUCCUGGCCUCGAGAUGAAGCGCUCGGAAGUACCACACUCGCGCCCAAUUGUGAUGACAUCAAUCCCCCCAGGCGCCGUGGUAGCUCGUGCUCACUCUCCGCGAACCACGCGCCGAAACAUGCUUGCAACCGAACUCACCGAGUCUCUCCGCAGACAUCUCCUCUGGGAGCGUCAGCAGAAGACCACCGCUGCGACUGCUACCGCGGCAUUCAAGCGUCGCCAUACGGCAUGUGACGUUGCGGGACUGCAGGAAUAUCCCGGCGCCGGAGACUCCAAAGGCCAAGGAAAGGAGGACAAAGAGUCGAAGAACAGCUCGUGGAAUCACUACUUCGACUACGGCCCAUGGGAAUAUCACGUUAAGGGAUGGUAG